GUGUUGUGAAAAGUUAUUCAAUUAUUGUGAAUGUUUACAGUUUGAGAGCCUUUGUUGUGGAAAAGACAUAUGUUUUUGACAUUUCUAUUGUAAACAGUUUUAAUAUGAGACACGCUCAAUUUUUGGCCCGCACUGUUUUGGUGCAAAACAAUAAUGUGGAGGAAGCCUGCCGCUUGCUGAAUCGCAUUUUGGGCAAAGAGGAAAUUUUCGAUCAAUUUAGACGCACACGUUAUUACGAGAAACCUUACCAGGUCAGACGUCGUGUUAAUUUCGAAAAAUGUAAAGCCAUUUACAACGAGGAUAUGAAUCGUAAAAUUCAAUUUGUUUUGCGUAAAAAUCGUGUUGAACCUUUCCCCGGCUGCAAUUAAGUUAAUUUUUUUUGAUAUGUUUACUGAUUUAAAUUAAGUCGUUUAAAUUGUAUGUAAUAAAGUUAUAAGGAAUUAAAA